UCCUAUGCAACAACAGCAAAGCAUUAGAUGUGCUGCUGAAGUGUGGUGUGGAUCCAGAAUGACCCUUGGAAACCACUCCUAAAACUGGAAUACGACCCAUUUAUUCUGCAGCGCGCCUCGGGUAUCCGAAAGUUUUUCAAUGCUUGAUCUCUGCUGACUGCAAUCUGAAUUCGCGGACAGAAUGUGGAGAGACCGCGUUAAUGAUUGUUGCAAGACGCCGGAAUGAGGACUGUGUGAAGGUUUUGGCUUCAGCUGGCGUAGACAUAGCAUUGGUUAGUUCAGCUGGUCAGUCGGCAGAAUCAAUCGCAGAAUCAGUUCAAUGGACUCUUGGCUUCCAGCAAGCGGUUGUGGAUGUCAUUCGAGCCGGGAAAGUUCCUCAAUCAAGCAAUGCCAAGAUGUUUUGUCCUUUGAUGUUUGUAACUCAAGUGAAUGAAGUUGAAGCUUUGAAAAAGCUUGUUGAGCAUGCAGGCAUUAAUCUCGAUGGGCAGGAUGCCUACGGAUAUACACCUGCCGUGAGGGCCGCAGCAAAUGGUCACAUGGAGGCUCUCAGGGUGCUUGUCUUUGCCGGGGCCAAUGCAAAAAUGAAAAACAAGCAAGGUGAUACGGUAAGAAACAUAUCGGAGUUGACUCAAAAUGGUGAAAAAUUCGAAGCAAUUACGCAAGAGUACGAGCUUCAAAAACGGCUCAAUAACUCUGCUGGCGUUAAUAGUCUACAUCACGCGACAUGGGAUGGACUGAUUGAUCUGGUUCGUGUCCUAAUGAGCAAAGGUCACGAUGUGAAUGCCCCUGAUGCAGAUGGAUACACCCCACUGAUGUUAGCUGCAAAGGGAGGUCACGGCGCUCUGUGCGAGCUCCUAAUCUCGCAUGGAGCGAGGUGCAGCUUGGAGAAUGCGAGACACGAAACUGGACUCUCACUUUCAAGACUAAACGGUAUCGGAAGUGACGUAGAGCGAGUGAUCUUAGAUGAGCUUGCUAGGAAGCAUGUGUCGGAGGGCGCCCCUGUUAAGAAGCACACGGAAUGCGGCAGAGGAACUCCGCACGUUAAAUCAUUGAGGAUGGUCGGGGACGCUGCAGUUCUGCGCUGGGGCAAGUCGAGCAAGAGGAACGUGAUAUGCAAGCGGGCCGAGGUGGGGCCUAGUUCGUCUUUCCGCUGGAACCGGAGGCGGAAGUUCGACACAGAUGAGCCGGGGACGGUCCACGUCGUGACGACCAAGAACAAGGAAAUCCACUUUGUGUGCGAGGGAGGCAACGAAAUGGCUCCGUUGUGGGUGAGGGGAAUCAAGCUCGUGACGAGGGAAGCCAUUUUCUGCAAGAGCGAACGGGGGGCGUGACUCGUCGGGCUUCGAGGGCUCUAUUCGCAGUGUAUAUGUAUUGGAAGCUGAAGAAGAUCGCCUGAUCUUGAUUACAUUAUUUCUCUAGUCAUCCUUGUAAAACCUUUCGGUUUAUUUAGCGAUCGAGAAAGAGAUUUUCCUUGAGGAUGGCAAACUAAUAAGCUCCAUUUCCGCUCUUUUCUCUGCAUCAUCACAGAAGUUCCUAGACAUUGCAAUAGCAAUAGCUAUAUGAGCAAGUUCCUACACGAAAGCUUCCGUUGUGAUUUCGCUUCUGUGUUCUCACGGUGGAA